AUGGAAAGAAUUCAAGUUCUCGACGAUAUAGAGAAGGAUAUUAUAACAUGUUUACAAAGUGCAGCUCAAGCUCUUUUGGAAUUAGGUAAAGAAAAGUCAAGUCAGAAACAAGCAGAAACUAAUACAUCACAAUUUUUAAGAACACUGAGUCAGGUUGAAUCAAAAUUGAGUGAUCAAAUAAAUUAUUUGACUCAAGUUUCUACUGGACAGCCUCAUGAGGGAUCUGGUUAUGCAUCACAGAAAGUUCUACAGAUGGCUUGGCACCGGCUGGAACAUGUUCGCUCUUGGGUGAAUGAACUGGAUAGACUGAAAGCAUCUCACUUAGCUGCUUCUAACCGUACUGUUGCUGGUAUCCCUAAUGGUAGUAUGACUUCUUCUGGAACUAGUACC